UCAACGUUUCUGGCAGCAAUGGUUGCGAAUACUGCCGCCCAGAAUUCAGUACAAACUGUUUUGACGCGUCUGUCGCGUGACGCAAUACUGCACACACAUAAAUCGGCCUUCAGCGGCGACUCACUUACAGACAUCCAGAAAUUUGUGUGGCUGCUCUACUACGCGGCCUUUAAAGCAUCUCUUUACUGUUGUGCGAAGGCUGUCUGCGUCAGCUGUUCAUACGCGAACAACAGAAAAUGGUCCGACAAAUUCGAAUAUAUCUCGACAAUCCUGUAGCGACGUAUUUCGGAGGCGAUACCGUAACGGGGAAAGUAGUUGUCAAAACAGACGAAGAGGAAAAAAUUCGCUAUAUUUCUGCAAAAUGUAGAGGUGAAGCAAAUGUAAGCUGGACCAGACGAGUGAGAAGAAGAGGCCAUACCAAGCAUAUUAGAUAUUCAGCACACGAAAACUACUUUGAAACAAAAUAUUACUUUGUUGGAGGUCCAUCUGAGGAGCUCAUACUUCCACCAGGAGAGCAUGUGUAUAAUUUUUCUGUCAAACUCCCAGAAAAUUUACCAUCAUCAUUUGAAGGCACAUACGGCCAUAUUCGUUACACAAUCAAAGCAAAAAUGAACCGUCCAUGGGCAUUUGAUGAAAAAGUCAAAGCUUUCUACACUGUGUUAUCACAUCUAGAUCUGAAUACAGAUCCUUUGGUCAAGGAACCUGUAUCUCAAGUCACUGAGAAAACUCUGUGCUGCUGCUGGUGUAGAUCCGGCCCUUUAACAUUAGUUGCUAAAGUUCCAGCUACAGGAUUUGUCUCUGGACAAGAAAUACCUGUGACAGUAGAGGUUGAUAAUGCAACUGAAGAAACAAUAAGUGCUGUUACAUGUUCUCUAAAGAAGAAUGUGUGUUUCACUGCCCAUUCACCUCGUAAGGAAACAAAGAGAAUAACAGACAAAAUGGAGACUAUUGUGUAUGAACCUGUGGGGCCAAAUGCAUCUAGAACUUGGACCAGAAAGUUGAAAAUUCCUAGUUUGCCUCCAUCCAAUUUGAAUAACUGCAGUAUCAUUGAUCUUGAUUACUUUUUGCAUGUUAAAGCUGUUAUCAAUGGGCCCCACAGAAACUUACAUGUAAACAUCCCAAUAAAAUUAGGAACAAUUCCACUCUUGAGCUACAUACCACCUCCAUUAUCCAAACAGAUAAUGAGCUCCAACAUUCAGAUUCCUCAACUCCCCUCCUUGCAAGAUGCCCCUGUCAAAUUUCCACAGUCAUCCGCAGCUUCGGCACCAUGUCCACCACCUCAGACACAGUACUCUACUGCACCAUGUUCCUCCAAUAUUGCAGCUGUCAUGCCACCCAGCACAAGUCAGCAUGGUAUGACAGAUGGACUGUCAAAUGAGUUAAACAUAGUUCCAUCUGCGCCACCCCUGUCAUACCCAGAAGUUCCGCCUCCUUCUUAUGAAGAAUGUGUGUAUGGAGCCAGUAAUAUUGAUGACGAAGAAGAUACAAGACAUUAUCAGGAUGAUAACAGAUUUGUUCCAAGGUAUCCCACAUACAAUCUACAUUUUGAAAAGGACUCUGGAUCAUGAGAAUUUGGUUCUUAUCAUAUUGUGCUUUUGAUGCAAGGCUUUCUGGACUAUUGUUCUAGAGGAAAGAAAUACUGAAUGUCUGCAUUUCCCUAUAAACUACAAUUUAUGAUCACAAUAGAGGUGCAGCCAUCCUACAGGGCCAUGAAAUAUCAUUCCUUGUUUGGCUAAAGCAUGUAUCUGCUUGUCUGUUAUGCUAAUAUUGUAUUUUUACAAGGGUAAGGCAAUGGUUGUUCUUGUUCUCUCAUGUAAUUAUACUCAUUUAAUUUACAGCCUAAUAUUGGAAGUUCAGUAUUAUACUGAAUUAUACAGAAAUUGUUAACAUUUAUUAUAAUUGUAAAUGACUAUACUGGCACAUUUUCAUUGUUGUGGUGUGACUGUUGAAAUCAGCCCAAUAGUAUUUUGUCUGUAUAGUUUUUCUUGAAGAAUUUAUGGGCAUGAAUGGAACAAAGACAUUUCCAGUUAUGUGACUGGGAAAAUUUAGUUGGCAGACUUCACACAGAGAAGGGCACCAUUGUUGUAAUUUGUGAGCUCUAACUUUACAACUGUGAACAGUUUUCAAGCUUUUUUAAUUUUCUUUCCAUUUUACCAGUUAGCUCUUUGCCUGUAGCUGAUUACUUUGCACACUCUCUUUCUGUGUAUUAUUAAAUGACAUCAUGAAUAAUUGUAUAAUUUAAGUGAUUCCUGUUUGUCACUAUUUUCUGUAUACAACCCUUAACUGAAUUAGAUCCAUGCAAUAACAUGAGUUUAGUGUGUUGCUAAACUGUUACUAUAGAGUGUUUUUAUGCUGAUGCAUUCCUAACAACUAUAAUAAAACAAAAGUUGGCUACUUUAGUACUUAAUAAAGCAAAUUUUUCAACAAGGGCAUUCUUUGGUAUCUGGUUAUAGAGGAAACAUUCUGACUACAGUUCAUUAACCACUGUAAUUUCAGAUUUCCAUGUAACAAAAUACUUCUCAAAUAUCAUAUACUGCUUAUAUUUUAUGACUAGACUGGUCAUUAAGUUUUAUAAUGCUUUCAAAAGAAAUAUCCCCACACAUAAUCUUGUUCUGUUUAUUCCCUCAAGUUAAAUGAAUAAGAAAUGGGACAAGAAUAAUUAC